AUGGAUACUCCACUGAAGGCUCCUGCAGCAGCGCCUAGAACCUUGGAAGAGCGUCAGCGAGAGUUGAAGAAAAGGAAGAAGGCCGCGAAAAGUGGAUCUGUUGCCUCCUCGGAUCCUGCACAGGUCUCAGUCGCUGUCAGCGCAUCAUCCACAGUCUCUACCGAAAUGGUAGCAACCCCACAGUCCACCAUCACUAUCGUCUCCACACCUGACAAGCAAGGGGUGAAUUCAUCCACAGCUCAACAGACAUCUCUUGAUGGACCUGGGCGCAAAAGAAAGCACAAGACGGGCAACGACGACAAAGCAACUUCCUACAAGGACGCGGUUCGCCAAAUGCUGGCCAAUUCGAACAGCUCUUCUGCCCGGCAACCGCAGUCAAGAAGUCACGGAUCGAGUCUCGGGGGUUCGAGUGGGUUUCUGAACUUCUAG